AUGUACAACGGUCGAUCAAAUGCAACUAGCCAAAAUGGUACUGUUGCAAAGACAAACCCUGGUGAUAAAUCAAAGGCAUUAGUGGCACCGUCUUACCCAAGCAGUGUUACUAAGCCUUUAGCUCCAUGGCCUCGUAAUCAAGGUGAAGUGUCGGAAUUAUAUAAAGUUGUUCUUAAUCAUAGUACACAUCCUCCACUUGUUCAACCAGAUUCAUGGACAGUAGCUGCACCAUUUAAAGAACAAAAACAUGUUCGUACAGCUGUCGAAUCAAUAGCAAAUAAUUUUAGUCCAGACGCUCAACGUUUAGAUAUACGAAAAUUACCACAAGCUAAACAAACAACACCAUAUCCUGGUGAUGGUUAUUAUCGAGGAGUUGAUGAAUUUUUAAAACGAACACGUGAGGAACCAGCAACACCCAAUUGGAUACAAAAGAAACAAAAACGAGCACAAGAUUUUCGAAAAGAAAAAGCUGAAAAAUGGGUCAUACCUCCAUCACGUCCAGUUUCACCAACAGAUCAAUUAAAUAUGCUUUCAUGGCUAAAUGCUGAAGAAUCACGUAAUAUUCCUGAACCAAAAAAAGAAGAAGUCGAACGAUAUUGGUAUUAUAUUACCAAAGGUGUUCAACCACGUAUGGUUGCUCCUGAGUCACCUGAUCAAUAUAAUAGAUUUUGUUCUCAUCUUAUACCAAAACUCCUUCAACCAUCAUUAAAAUCUGUUCAUGAUGAAUUAAAACAAGAUAUUCAUUCAGCUUAUGAUCUUGCUAUUCGUAAAGCAGUUGUUGAUUAUAUUUUAUUAGAUCCAAAUGAACGACAACGUGUCAAAAUUCAAAAUAUACCAAAAAUAUUUCGUUUACGUACAAUACGUGCGCCCAUUCAAUGGCAUGAUUCAAUGAAUGAAACAAAAAAUGAUUUAUUAAUAACAUUACAUGGAAAUAAUCCUAUAAUGACUUCAUUACAAAAACUUUGGGAUGAAAUAUAUGCACAUCAAAGAUUUAUUAGUUUUCAAGAUCUUCUCCAAGCACCAUUUCCAAUGGUACCACAAGAUUUCGAAAAAUACAUUGAACAACGUGUCAAUCAUAUGCGACAAACACUUAUUUCACAGUGGCUCAGUAGUUGUAGUACAUUAGUUGCUGAAAAUCGUCAAUAUUGGGAAUCGAUGGUUCCAACAGCCGAUGAUGGUAAUACUGAUUUAGUUGAAUCAUUUUUUAAUACAGUUGGUGCUCGUAUGGCAGCACAUUUACGUCAACUUGUUAAUAAUUCAUUAGAAGAUUUUGCACGAUUCUUUGAAGAAUAUACUGAUGGAAAUGAUUUUAAAACUAAAAAUCCAAAUACACAAUAUAAUGUCAUGGAUUUUACUCGAAAACCAGUUUUUACUCAACGUUUAUAUGCUGAUGGACCAAAAAUAGCGUUUGAUCCAACAAAUCAAGAUAUUCGUACAAUGCUUCAACGUUGUAUAAAACAUAUUGUUAAUGGUGCUGCAAAUAUUCCACGUAUUGAAUCACAUUUAUUUGAUUCGAAAACGAAAUUACUUCUUCGUCAUGUACGUAUUGAUGAAGAAAUUGUUGAAAGUACAACACAACGUGUACUUUAUGUAUUAACAAAAAAUCUUCCUGGACCACAAUUAUAUUUACAUGAAUAUGAUCAAUAUCAAAAUUUAUUAAAUAAUAAAUCGGAAUUAGAAACAACAGAAUUUCUUCGACAUCCACAUGCACUCGAUGAAUUUGAAAGUGAAAUAAAACAAAAAACAGCAUUAGCAAAUGAAAUUAUCUUAAAACGUAUAUGGGCACCAUUAAAUUUAUUUAAUUUAGAUUGCCGAGAUCUUAAUGAACAUUUAAUAAAAAUUGUACAAAAAUUACGAGAUAAAUUAGUUCAACAUUGUAUUGAAGAUAAUUCAAAAUUAAAUAAAGAAAUCGUAAGAGAAUAUGAUGAAAUAGCUGCAACUGUUAGUGUACCAGCAGAUGAAAUUGAAGAAUUAGUUCGAACAGCUGAUUAUCUUAGUAAAGCAUUAGAAAGUUUAAUUUAUAAAUUAGCUUAUAAAAUUGGUGAAGCAAAAGAUCGAUUAAUGUUUUUACUGGAAUAUGCAAUUAUGCCACCGGAAGAUUUAAAAUUGAAUGCACAAGUAUUUCAUUGGCCAGAAAAUAUUAUGAAUAUUUUAGAAAUUAAUCAAAGUCGAUUAGCAGCUUUACGUGAACGAGCUGAAGAACGUUUACGUGAUCAUAUUAUGAAAUUUGAAAAGAAACUUGAAGAUUUACAUAAAGAUGUUGAUAUUUUUCGACGAAAAGAUGUUUUAAGUAAUGAAGAAAUGCGUAUAAAUGUUGAAAAAUUAGCUGAUAUUAAUAAACUUGUCGAAGAAUAUAAAUCUGAAGCUGAACAAAUCAAUCGUGAUCAAUCAUUACUUGGCUGGGAUAUAACACCAUUUCCUAAAUUACAAGAAAUUAUUGCGGCUAAAGAUCCCUAUGAAAAAUUAUGGAAUACAGCUUGGCAAUUUUAUACUUCUUAUGAACAAUGGAUGAAUGGAGCAUUCUUAGGUCUUAAUGCUGAAUUAAUCAGUGAUGAAGUACAAAAUAUGUGGCGUACAGUACAUAAAUUACAAAAAACUUUAACUGAUCAAGUUGGUCCUCGUCGUGUUGCUGAUUUGAUAAAAAAACGUAUAGAUGCAUUUAAAGUUCAUAUACCAUUAUUACAAGUUAUAUGUAAUCCUGGUUUAAAAGAACGUCAUUGGACACAAAUGGGUCAAUUAGUUAAUCUUGCUUUACCACAUGAUAAAACAGCAACAUUAAGUGAUUUGAUUGAUCUUGGUAUAGCGAAAUUUGUUGAUAAAUUAGAUGAAAUCGGUGGUAGUGCAUCGAAAGAAUAUUCACUUGAAAAAAAUAUGUCAAAAAUGAAAGAUGAAUGGAAUGAAAUGAUGUUUACAUUUGUUAAAUAUCGUGAUACAUCAGCAUAUAUAUUAUCAGCUGUUGAUGAUAUUCAAUUAAUGUUAGAUGAUCAUAUUAUCAAAGCACAAACAAUGUUAGGUAGUCCAUUUAUUCGUCCAUUAGAAGAUGAUAUGCGUGCAUGGUGUGAUCGACUUACUUUAUUACAAGAUACAAUUGAUAUUUGGCUUAAAGUUCAAGCAGCAUGGCUUUAUCUUGAACCUAUAUUUGGUUCAGAAGAUAUUGUUAAUCAAAUGCCUGAAGAAGGAAGAAAAUUUGCAACUGUUGAUAAUCAUUGGAAAGAAAUUAUGAUUAAUGCUGUUCAAGAUGCUCAUGUACUUGCUGCAACUGAUCAACCCGGCAUGUUAGAAAAAUUACGUGAAGGCUUUCGUUUACUUGAAGAAAUUCAAAGAGGUCUAAAUAAUUAUUUAGAAAAGAAACGAUUAUUUUUUCCACGAUUCUUCUUUCUAUCAAAUGAAGAAUUACUCGAAAUUUUAUCUGAAACCAAAGAUCCAUUACGUGUUCAACCACAUUUAAAGAAAUGUUUCGAAGGUAUUAAUCGUUUAGAAUUCAAUGAUCAACAAGAAAUAACAGCAAUGAUAUCUGUUGAAAAAGAAAUUGUCCAAUUUAAAGGUACAGUUAAUCCAAGUAAAGCACGUGGUAUGGUUGAAAAAUGGUUAAUACAAGUUGAAGAUCAAAUGUUGCUAUCAAUUCGAAUGAUUAUUAAAGAAGCAUUAGAUGCAUAUGAAUCACGUGAAAGAAAACAAUGGGUUUUAGAAUGGCCUGGACAAAUUGUUAUAUGUGCAAGUCAAGUUUAUUGGACAAAAGAAGCUGAAGAAUCAAUUUUAAAUAAUAGUUUACCACAAUUUCUAUUAAAAUCAAAUGAAGAAAUUAAAGAUACAGUUAAUCUAGUUCGUGGAAAACUAGAAAGUGGUCCACGACGAACAUUAGAAGCUUUAAUUGUUAUUGAUGUACAUGCAAGAGAUGUUAUAACAAAUUUAAUUGAAACACAAAUUAGUAAAACAUCAGAAUUUAUUUGGAUUUCACAAUUGAGAUAUUAUUGGAAAACAGAAGAAGAAAGACUUAUGGUUCAUAUGAUUACAACUGAACUUGAAUAUGCAUAUGAAUAUUUGGGUAAUACCUCUCGUCUAGUUAUAACACCAUUAACAGAUCGAUGUUAUAGAACAUUAAUGGGUGCUUUACGAUUGAAUCUUGGUGGUGCACCUGAAGGUCCAGCUGGUACAGGAAAAACAGAAACAACGAAAGAUUUAGCAAAAGCUAUUGCAAAACAAUGUAUUGUAUUUAAUUGCUCAGAUAGUUUAGAUUAUAAAGCAAUGUCAAAAUUCUUUAAAGGAUUAGCUCAAUCAGGUGCAUGGGCAUGUUUUGAUGAAUUUAAUCGUAUUGAAUUAGAAGUCUUAUCAGUCGUUGCUCAACAAAUUCAAUUAAUUCAACGAGCUAUCGCUGCUCAUCAAAAACGUUUUAUUUUUGAAGAUACAGAACUUGAAUUAAAUCCAACAUGUUCUGUAUUUAUUACAAUGAAUCCUGGUUAUGCUGGUCGAUCAGAAUUACCCGAUAACUUGAAAGUUCUAUUUCGUACUGUAGCUAUGAUGGUGCCGGAUUAUGCAAUGAUUGGUGAAAUUAGUUUAUAUUCUAUGGGUUUUAUUGAUGCUCGUUCUUUAUCUGGAAAAAUCGUUGCAACAUAUAAAUUAUGUUCCGAACAAUUAUCAUCUCAACAUCAUUAUGAUUAUGGUAUGCGUGCUGUAAAAUCAGUUUUAACAGCAUCAGGAAACUUAAAACAAAAAUAUCAAGAAGAAGAAGAAUCUAUAUUAGUUUUACGUGCUAUUAAAGAUGUUAAUUUACCAAAAUUUCUUGCUCAAGAUGUUCCACUUUUCGAAGGCAUUAUUAGUGAUCUAUUUCCUGGUGUUAUUUUACCAACACCUGAUUAUGCAGUUUUUCUUGAAGCUAUUGAUAAUAAUUCUAAACAAUUAAAAUUACAACCAGUACAAUUUUUUGUUGAUAAAAUAAUUCAAGUUUAUGAAAUGAUGUUAGUUCGUCAUGGUUUUAUGAUUGUCGGACCAUUUAUGGGCGGCAAAUCAUCUGCUUAUAAAGUUUUAGCUGGAGCUUUAGCAGAUUUAGAAGCUGCUGGAAUGAUGGAUGAACAUAAAGUUCUUUAUAAAGUUCUUAAUCCAAAAUCUGUUACUAUUGGACAACUUUACGGAGAAUUUGAUAAGGUUUCACAUGAAUGGACUGAUGGUGUAUUAGCAACAACAUUUCGAGAAUAUGCAGCUAGUCAAUCAUUAGAUAGAAAAUGGAUUAUUUUUGAUGGACCAGUUGAUGCUGUUUGGAUUGAAAAUAUGAAUACAGUACUUGAUGAUAAUAAAAAACUUUGUCUUAUGAGUGGUGAAAUUAUCCAAAUGAGUGCUCAAAUGAAUUUAAUCUUUGAACCUGAAGAUCUUGAACAAGCUUCACCGGCUACUGUUUCACGUUGUGGUAUGAUUUAUAUGGAUCCAAAUCAAUUGGGUUGGCGUGUAUUUAAAGAUUCGUAUAUUCAAUAUGAAUUACCUGCUUCAUUAUCAAAAGAAGCUCGUGAAUUAGUUAAUGAUUUAUUUGAAUGGAUGGUUGAUCCAUGUCUUGAAUUUAUUCGUUUUAAUUGUAAAUUUCAAUUAUCAACAUCACCCAUACAUUUAACAUUUAGUCUUAUGCGUUUAUAUACAUCAUUAAUGGAUGAAAUUGCUGGCAGUGGUACAACAGGAGCCGAUGGAAAACCAAUGCCAGAAGUUAAUCCAAAUACCGCUCAAGUAAAUUCGCUCCAGAUGUUACUUUGGUUACAAGGUUUAUUUUUAUUUUCACUUAUAUGGGGUUUAGGUGGUACAAUAACAGGUGAAAGUCGUAAAAAAUUUGAUACAUUCUUACGAGAUUUUCUAACAACUACAAAUGAAAAUUAUCCAAAACCGAAAUCAAUAAAAUUGUCUAAAGCAAAUAUAUUUCCUGAACGAAAUACAUGUUUCGAUUUUUAUUUUGAAAAACGAGCUGCUGGUCAUUGGCGUGAUUGGCCUGAUAUGAUACCGAAAGAAGAUUUAACUAUUACUGAAGGUAUCAAAGUUGUUGAUUUAAUUAUACAAACAGAUGAAACAGCACGACAAACAUUCUUUUUGGAUACAUUUCUUACACAUAAUAUUCCACUUUUAUUGGUUGGACCAACUGGUACUGGUAAAUCAGCCAUUAAUAAUUAUUUUCUCGUUCGAUUACCAAAAGAAAGAUUUGUUGCUAAUGUUGUUAAUUUUUCUGCACGAACAUCAUCAAAUCAAACAAUGGAUACUAUAAUGAGUAAACUUGAUCGACGUCGUAAAGGUGUUUAUGGUCCACCGAUGGGUAAAAAAUGUAUUAUCUUUGUUGAUGAUUUAAAUAUGCCAGCUAAAGAAAAAUAUGGUAGUCAACCGCCAGUUGAAUUACUUCGACAAUGGCUUGAUCAAGGUUAUUGGUUUGAUCGUAAAGAUACAUCAGUGAUAACACUUCUUGAUCUUCUCUUUCUUGGUGCAAUGGGUCCACCAGGUGGUGGUCGUAAUACUAUCACUGGUCGAUUUUCUCGUCAUUGUAAUAUAAUAUCAAUAGAUUCAUUUAGUGAUGAGACAAUGCAAAAAAUCUUUACAUCAAUUGUUGAUUGGCAUUUUGCUCGUGGUUUUGAAGCUUCAUUUCAACGCGUUGGUCGUUUACUUAUUCAAGCAACUAUGGCAAUCUAUAAAAAAGCUUGUGAUCAAUUUUUACCAACACCACAAAAAUCUCAUUAUAUAUUUAAUUUACGUGAUUUUUCACGUGUCGUUAGAGGAGUUCUGCUUGCUCCACCUACUCAUAUGAAAGAAGAAAAAAAACUAUAUCGUUUAUGGGUACAUGAAGUUUAUCGAGUAUUCUAUGAUCGUCUUAUUGAUGAUGAAGAUAGAUCAACAUUUUUUUCCAUGGUUAAAGACGUUAUGAAUGAAACAUUAAAACAAAAUAUGAAUAAUCUACUUGAACAUCUUAUACCAUCAAAUGCACCACCACCAAAACAACUUAAAGAUGAACAUAUUCGUGCAUUAAUGUUCGGAGAUUAUAUUAAACCAGAUGCUGAUCCAAAACCUUAUGAUGAAAUAACUGAUUUAUCACAAUUACAAAAAGUAAUGGAAUCAUAUUUAGAUGAUUAUAAUGCUGUUAGUAAAAGUCCAAUGCAACUUGUUAUGUUUCAAUUUGCUAUUGAACAUAUUUCGCGUGUAUCACGUGUACUUAAACAAGAUCAAGGACAUGCUUUACUUGUUGGAAUUGGUGGAAGUGGACGAAGUUCAUCAUGUAAAAUGGCAGCAUAUAUGGCAGAUUAUGAAUUAUUUCAAAUUGAAAUAACAAGAACUUAUGGAAAAAAUGAAUGGCGAGAUGAUAUUAGAAAAUUAUUUCGAAAAAGUGGUGUUGAAGGCAAAAGCACUGUUUUUCUGUUCAAUGAUUCUCAAAUUAAAGAUGAAUCAUUUAUCGAAGAUAUAAACAUGAUGUUAAAUACCGCUGAUAUUCCAAAUUUAUUUCCUGCUGAUGAACGAGCAGAAAUAUGUGAUAAAAUGCAAAAUAUCGCUCGACAAUUAGGUCGUAAAAUUGAAUCAACACCAAUGGCAUUAUAUAAUUUCUUUAUUGAACGUGUUCGAUCAGCUCUUCAUAUUGUCUUAGCAUUUUCACCCAUUGGUGAUGCUUUUCGUAAUCGUCUUCGUAUGUUUCCAUCAUUAAUUAAUUGUUGUACUAUCGAUUGGUUUACAUCAUGGCCGGAAGAUGCACUUGAAAUGGUUGCAAAGAAAUUUUUAGAAGAAGUUGAUCUAGAAGAUGACAUACGUACAAAUUGUGUUGUUAUGUGUAAAACAUUUCAUGAAAAUAUUCGAGUAUUAUCUGAAUUAUUUCUUCAACAAUUAUCUCGACAUAAUUAUGUAACACCCACAUCUUAUUUAGAAUUGAUUUUAACAUUUAAAGAUUUAUUACGAAUUAAACGUAAUGAAAUUCAAACAUUAAAAGAUAAUUAUUUAAAUGGUCUUAAACAACUUGAUUUGGCACGUGUUGCUAUUGAUGCUAUGAAAAUUGAAUUAAUUGAUUUACAACCGAAAUUAAAAGAAACUGCUAUUGUUGUUGAAAACCUCAUGAUUCGUAUUGAACAAGAAACAGCAGAAGUUGAAGCACGAAAAGAAAUUGUUGCUGCUGAUGAAGCUGUUGCGAAUGAAGCAGCUGCUAAAGCUCAGUCGAUUAAAGAUGAAUGUGAAAAUGAAUUGACAGAAGCCUUACCAGCUCUUAAAGAAGCUGAAGAAGCACUUAAUACAUUGAAACCUUCUGAAUUGGUUAUUGUUAAAGCAAUGAAAAAUCCUCCAGCUGGUGUUAAACUUGUUAUGGAAGCUGUAUGUGUUAUGCUUGAAAAAACUCCUGAACGUAAAAUGGAUCCAUCAACACAAAAGCCAAUCUUAGAUUAUUGGCCAACAUCAGUUCGACUUUUAGCUGAUAUGGAUUUUCGUAAAAAUUUACAAACUUAUGAUAAAGAUAAUAUUAAACCACAAGUUAUAAAACAAAUUCGCGAUCGUUUUGCACAUAAUCCUUCAUUUACAGCAGCUGAAAUUUCGAAAGUAUCAGCUGCUUGUGAGGGUUUAUGUAAAUGGAUUCUUGCACUCGAAAAAUAUGAUCGAGUUAUAAAAGUCGUUCAACCAAAACGAUUAAAAUUAAAUGAAGCUGAAGAAGCUUUAUCAGAACAAAUGAGUAAAUUACAAGAAAAACAACGACAAGUACAAGAAUUAGAAGCACGUUUAAAAGCUUUAACUGAUGAAUAUGAAACAAAUGUUCAGAAAAAAAAUGAAUUAGAAGACCAAAGAAAUUUAUGUGAGAAAAAAUUAACACGUGCUGUACAACUUAUUGAAGGUCUUGGAGGAGAAAAAGAUCGUUGGACUGAUCAAGCCAGAAAAUUAGGUGAACGAUAUAUUCAAUUAACAGGUGAUAUUCUAUUAAGUGCGGGUGUUGUUGCUUAUCUUGGACCAUUUACUGUUAAUUAUCGAACAGAUUGUGUUCGUCAAUGGAUUGAAUUAUGUAAAGCACAUCGUAUUCCAUGUUCCGAUGUAUUCUCAUUGAAUUUCACACUUGGAGAUGCAGUUAAAAUUCGUGCAUGGCAAAUUGCAGGUUUACCUGUUGAUUCAUUUUCAGUUGAUAAUGGUAUUAUAGCAACAAAUGCUCGUCGUUGGCCACUUUGUAUCGAUCCUCAAUCCCAAGCUAAUAAAUGGAUUAAAAAUAUGGAAAGAGAUAAUCGUUUAGCAGUUGUUAAAUUACAAGAUCCAACUUAUGCGAGAACAUUAGAAAAUGCUAUACAAUUUGGUACUCCAAUUUUAUUAGAAAAUGUUAACGAAGAAUUAGAUCCAGUUUUAGAUAAUGUUUUAUUAAAAGCAACAUUCAAACAACAAGGAGUAGAAUACAUUAAAUUUGGUGAAAAUGUUAUUGAAUAUUCACGUGAUUUUCGCUUUUAUAUUACUACAAAAUUACGUAAUCCACAUUAUUUACCAGAAAUAUCUGUUAAAGUAACAUUAAUUAAUUUUAUGAUCACAGCUGAAGGUUUACAAGAUCAAUUAUUGAGUAUUGUUGCUGCGAAAGAAAAACCUGAACUUGAAGAACAAAAAAAUACAUUAAUUAUUCAAUCAGCUGAAAAUAAACGUAAACAAAAAGAAAUUGAAGAUACAAUUCUUGAAGUUUUAUCUUCAUCAGCUGGUAAUUUACUUGAAAAUGAAACAGCUAUACAAAUCUUAUCUUCAUCAAAGAAAAUCUCGGAAGAAAUUGAAGCGAAACAAAAAAUAGCUGAAGAAACACAAAAAGAAAUUGAAUUUACUCGUCAAGGAUAUUUACCUGUUGCUAAACAUUCAACAAUUUUAUUUUUCUGUAUAUCCGAUUUAGCAAACAUUGAUCCCAUGUAUCAAUAUUCACUUGUCUGGUUUAUUAAUUUAUAUGUAAUGUCAAUUGAAAAUAGUGAAAAAUCAGCUGAUCUACAAGAACGUAUACAAAAAUUAAAUGCACAUUUUACCGAAUCAAUUUAUCGAAAUGUUUGUCGAUCAUUAUUAGAACGUCAUAAACUUUUAUUUUCAUUUAUACUUUGUAUACAAUUAGCAAAAGGCCAAGGAAAUGUCGAUGAUAAUAUAUGGCGUUUUCUAUUAACUGGCGGUGUCGGUUUAGAUAAUCCAUAUCCAAAUCCAGCACCGGAUUGGUUAAAUGAUAAAUCAUGGUCGGAAAUUGUUCGUGCAUCAGAUAUGCCUAGUUUUCGAGGUUUAAUGGCACAUGUUAAAGAACAUAAAGAUAAAUGGAAAGUACUUUAUGAUUCUCCAACACCACACGAACAAGCAUAUCCAGAUGAUUAUAAUAAUCUUAAUUCAUUAGAAAAAUUACUUGUAUUACGUUUAUUUCGUCCAGAUAAAAUGGUACCAGCUGUACAACAAUAUAUUAUUAAACAUAUGGGACAACAGUUUGUUGAACCACCCACAUUUGAUUUACCUGGUUCAUAUGCAGAUUCAAUACCGACAACACCAUUGAUAUUUGUCUUAUCUCCAGGUGCUGAUCCUAUGAUGGCAUUACUUAAAUUCGGUGAAACAUUGGGAGUUUUUGAUGAAAGAAUUAAAACUGUUUCACUUGGUCAAGGACAAGGUCCUUAUGCACAAUCAUUAAUAACUGAAGGUGUAGAAAAAGGCAAUUGGGUUGUUUUACAAAAUUGCCAUUUAGCUGCUAGUUGGAUGCCAAAAUUAGAACGAAUAUGUGAAGAACUUUUAGUACCUGGCAAAGUUCAUAAUGAUUUUCGUCUUUGGUUAACAUCAUAUCCAUCAGAUUUAUUUCCUGUAACUAUAUUACAAAAUGGUAUUAAAAUGACAAAUGAAAGUCCAAAAGGUUUACGAGCUAAUUUACUUCGUUCUUAUUUAAAUGAUCCUAUUAAUGAUCAAACAUUUUUUAAUGCUUGUAAUAAACCAGAACGAUGGAGAAAAUUAUUAUUUGGUCUCUGUUUUUUUCAUGGUCUUGUACAAGAACGAAGACAAUUUGGUCCAUUAGGAUGGAACAUUCCAUAUUUCUUUGAUGAAUCCGAUCUUCGAAUAUCUCUUCGACAACUUCAAAUGUUUCUUAAUGAAUAUGAAGAUGUACCAUUAGAAGCAAUAUCAUAUUUAUUUGGCGAAUGUAAUUAUGGUGGUCGUGUAACAGAUGAUAAAGAUCGUCGUUUACUUCUUUCAUUAUUAUCUGUUUGUAUUAAUGCUGAUGUCGUCGAAAAAGAAAAUUAUCAGUAA